GGGCUGAGGCCGGCGGCGGCGGCGGGCGGAGAGAGAGGAGCUACGCCACAGCCCAGCGGCGGCCAUUCGUGGAAAAAUAGGCCGUCCCGCUCCUCCCCGCUCCGGCUGCGACCGGCCUUCUCCCCGCUACCCCCACCCCACCCUCCGCCUCCUCCUCCUCCUUCUCCUCCCCCCUAGAGCGGCGCCUCAGCGGGGCAUUAAUGCGGGAUGAGCGAUCAAAAGAAGGAGGAAACUAUGCCCACAGAGGGAGAGAAAUCUCCCGAGGCAGAGAAUAACAACAAUAAUAAUAAAAAAGGGAAAACUGGAGGCUCACAGGAUUCUCAGCCUUCACCUCUUGCUUUGCUAGCAGCCACUUGCAGCAAAAUAGGAACUCCUGGUGAGAAUCAAGCAACUGGACAGCAGCAGAUUAUUAUAGAUCCCAAUCAAGGGUUGGUGCAGCUUCAAAAUCAGCCACAACAGUUAGAAUUAGUAACAACUCAGCUCGCUGGAAACUCUUGGCAGCUUGUUGCUGCAUCUCCUUCUGCUUCAAAGGACAAUAAUGUUGCUCAACAGGGAUCUUCCGUUGCCUCAAGCGCACCAAGUCCCUCCAGCAGUAACAAUGGGAGUGCAUCUCCUACAAAAACUAAAUCGGGCAAUUCUUCUGCAACAACCCCUGGACAAUUUCAAGUCAUUCAAGUACAAAAUCCAAGUGGUAGUGUCCAGUAUCAAGUGAUACCACAGAUUCAGACAACAGAAGGUCAACAAAUUCAAAUCAAUCCUGCAAAUGCUACUGGUCUACAAGAUAUACAGGGUCAAAUUCAGCUUAUUCCUGCAGGAAAUAAUCAAGCUAUCCUCACGGCUUCAAAUAGGACAGCUUCGGGAAAUAUUAUUGCUCAGAACCUAGCAAAUCAGACGGUCCCAGUCCAAAUCAGGCCUGGUGUUUCCAUACCACUGCAAUUGCAAACCAUCCCUGGUACUCAGGCACAAGUGGUGACAACUUUACCUAUAAACAUUGGUGGAGUAACCCUAGCAUUGCCUGUGAUAAACAACAUGGCAGCUGGAGGAAGUUCAGGUCAAGUUGGCCAAUCCACAGAGGGUGGAGUUUCCAAUGGAAGUCAGCUGGCAUCUACACCGGUCACUUCUGCCUCUGUUAGCUCAAUGCCAGACUCUCCUUCUUCAUCGUCCACUUCUACGACCACUGCUUCAACAUCUCUAACUAGCAGUGACACCUUAGUAAGCUCUGCAGAAACAGGCCAGUACACAAGCACAGCAGGCGGCAGUUCAGAGCAGCCAACGGAAGAAUCUCAAGCAACUGCGACAGACUCUGAAGCCCAAAGCUCCAGUCAGCUUCAGUCAAAUGGAUUACAGAAUGUUCAGGAUCAGUCAGGUUCCCUUCAGCAGGUACAGAUUGUAGGUCAACCUAUUCUACAGCAGAUACAGAUCCAGCAGCCUCAGCAGCAAAUUAUACAGGCCAUUCCUCCACAGUCAUUUCAGCUCCAGUCAGGACAAACUAUACAGACCAUCCAGCAGCAGUCUUUGCAGAAUGUUCAGCUGCAGGCAGUAAGUCCAACUCAGGUGCUCAUCCGGGCUCCAACUUUAACACCAUCAGGACAGAUCAGUUGGCAGACUGUACAGGUUCAGAAUCUGCAAAGCCUUUCAAAUCUUCAAGUUCAGAACGCUGGGUUACCCCAGCAACUCACCAUUACCCCUGUGUCUUCAAGUGGUGGCACAACCAUUGCCCAAAUUGCUCCAGUGGCUGUUGCUGGUACCCCGAUCACCCUGAAUGCUGCCCAGCUUGCUUCAGUACCUAAUCUUCAAACAGUAAGUGUUGCCAACCUUGGUGCUGCAGGUGUUCAAGUUCAAGGAGUUCCAGUUACUAUUACCAGUGUUGCAGGUCAACAGCAAGGGCAGGAUGGAGUAAAAGUGCAGCAGGCUACCAUAGCACCUGUUACUGUAGCGGUAGGUGGCAUUGCUAAUGCAGGAAUUGGUGCUGUUAGUCCUGAUCAGAUAACACAAGUGCAGCUGCAACAAGCUCAACAAGCUUCUGACCAGGAAGUGCAACCUGGCAAGAGAACAAGAAGAGUUGCGUGCUCAUGUCCCAAUUGCAGAGAGGGAGAAGGAAGAAGCAGCAAUGAGCCAGGAAAAAAGAAGCAACAUAUCUGCCAUAUUGAAGGAUGCGGUAAAGUUUAUGGCAAGACAUCUCAUCUUCGGGCGCAUCUGCGCUGGCAUACUGGUGAAAGACCAUUUAUAUGCAACUGGGUUUUUUGUGGCAAGCGAUUUACGAGAAGCGAUGAGUUGCAAAGACAUAGAAGAACCCACACAGGUGAAAAGAGAUUUGAGUGCCCAGAAUGCUCUAAAAGGUUUAUGCGAAGUGACCAUCUAUCGAAACAUGUCAAAACUCAUCAGAACAAGAAGGGUGGUGGAACAGCCCUUGCUAUUGUUACCUCAGGAGAACUGGACUCUUCAGUUACUGAGGUUCUUGGUUCUCCAAGAAUUGUCACUGUUGCUGCCAUUUCUCAAGAUUCAAACCCAGCAACCCCUAAUGUUUCAACAAACAUGGAAGAAUUCUGAAAGGAUAAUUUAUAUGGACGCCUAGUGCUGCACUUAAGUUUACAUGCCUUUCAGGAUAUGGAAGUGAGCUUGUAAAGUGGAUUAUGGAGAAAGAAAUUGUGUUAUCAGUCUUGACUUCUGUAAGUGUUCCAGGUUGGAGGGUCAGCAUGGAAAGUGUACACUGGUGCAACAAGGCAAAAUUUCAAAAAUACAAACAGCGCAAAUUGAUGUACUGGAUAAACAGAUGGGGAAAUAUUAUUUCCAUACUGUACUUUUUUUAGUUAUAUGUCUGUAUAUCAUGUAAUGAUUUUAAAUGAACUUUUCCCUUCUAUUUUGGCAUUGUAUGUUGAUGUGUUUGUAAAAUCAGAUAAUAUCAAUGUAAAACAGGGUGGACCGUGACUAGGGUUAAUAUCAUUUUAUGAAGGUACUUUGUUUUUAAUAUGAAUUUGUAAUAUUUUCAUGAUAACAUCCUUUUCCCAUAAAGCACAGCAAAACUGAAUACAGACUGAACAAAAGGGGAAAUAGUUUAGGUUUUUGCUCAGUCCACAGAACGUGUUAGUUUAUUUUGGCCGUCUUUUCUCGAGUUUUAGAAUUACUCAACUAGCAGCUGGAUGAUACAUGCUGUGAGGUGGAUCUGAGGUGGACCUCAGAUUUAUUUUGACCACUACAUUAUAGUAGUGCGUAUAAAUGACAAUCAGUGAGUUCUAAUUCCUCUCUUUCUUUGGAGAGCUAAGAUUAUGUAGAAUUAGUGUAUACAGUAGGAAGAAACACAACUGUAGAAAGAUAUUAACAUAAGAUUUUACAAAACUAAUGGUGUCUUUAUGUAGGAGGAAGAAUGAAUAUGGCAACUUUUGGGUCAAUUUUGAGUAUUUCAUAUUUUAAAGUAUCAGUGGUCUGUUUCUAACUCAUAGGUAACAAGUAAUAAAGUCUCAAUAUUUAAAUGUUUUAAUUUUGUUAGAAUUCAUGGAAACAAUCAGAGAAUUGUCUCCAUGAGUGCUGUAAAUCACUCUCCAGUAUCUUCUUUCUAUGAUACUAGCUAUUUUCUUGUGGUUAAUGUGCUGAGUUCUUUAUGCUUUGACUUAAUAGCCAAAGAGAAGAAUUGAUUACCACAUUUUAACCAAAAAAGGCACAAGUAAAAAUUUUCUCUCAUUUCCCCUAAAUGUUACUGUCUUUAUUUUCUCUUCUUUCUUGGGCUGGUAAUAAAUAUCUGUUACCUAUUGAGUCUUACAUUGAGACUCCAACCAUAAAACAAAAUGGAGAAAGGGGAAUACAGUUAUCACUUCAUAUGGCUUUUGAUUUGAAAGGUUUCUUCAUGUUUUCAGAUGAAUUGGAUCAGUAGGAAUACAGAGGAUAUAGAAAGCAGCAGCAAUGGAAAUCUGCAGUUCGUAUGUGAAAACUCCCACAUUUAAAGGGAGGAAAGAUGGCCAACUAUUUCAUACUCAGGAUUUUGAAUUAUUUCCCACAGUCAUAAAUGUAACUUUUUCCACAUAUAGUCAUUUGGUGAUAAUUCUCAUGACCACUAUUUAAAAAAAAAAAACCAAAAAAUAUGCCAAAAUAUUUAAUGUAACAAAAGGAAGUACAGUGUAAGAAAGAUAAGAUUUUUGUUUGUUUUCCUGCAAAUUAACGAAGGAAGAAUGUGUUUGGUAACUGUUGGUUUGAGACACAUAACAGAUACCCUUUGCAUUCUCUCUCAAAACUUCUCAUCUGAAUACUUUAUCAAUCUUGUGGUGUUUUGUGUAUUUUUGAAGCAAGAAGAGUACCAAUCAUUGUUUACACUGUGUACACUUUAGGCCAGCCCUUUGUAGCAAAAUAACAAACUGAAGGUAUUUAUACUUUCAGUUUACAUUAAAAAAAAAAAAAAAAAAGCUUUGAGAUUAAAGAAAAACAAUUUUACACUGUGGUUAUAAAUUUCAAGUUUCUUAAAGCUUUUGUAGACUUGUAACAGUCUUUAAAUUUUAGUUGGGUUUUGUACAUUUUUUUGUAUAUUUUAUUUAAAGUACUCUUAACUGAUGUAUCUGGACUUAAAACAUCAGACUCAAUUAGAUGUUACAUUUAAUACAGAUGAACAUUAGGUAGUAUUAACUGUUAAUUUUAUUAUAUAGGAAUUGAAAUGUCAAAUAUAUAUUUUAUCAUUAUGCUUCACAAUCAGUGCUAUACGUUUCUUUAUGCAAAGAAGAGCUUUCCUAAUGUUAUUACCAUGUUUCCUAGAGGUUAACGAUUUUUGUAAACUGAAGUUAUGACCAUUCUGUGCGACCAUUUCAUAGGUAAUUUUUUCAUGCAUACUUGUGUAUGCUGAUAGGAAACUGAAAUCCUUUUUAAUUGGCAAUGGAUCCCUAAUCUAGAAGUAUCAAAAUCUAAAUCUAGUUGGCUUCUGAGCAUCUAAAGUACGUUAACUUGUGUUAGCAGGUGCACAUUUUACCACUGGAAUUAGAAACAUUUUGAUGGUCUGUUCUGCAAAGCAUCCUGAAUCCACUUUUCUGUCUUAAAAGAAUCGUAAAUUUCAAUGUCCUUUAUUUGACUCAGUGGGAUAUAGCUGUUGUAAGUAAUAGGGCACAGAUGUGCAGUUGUAUCUUGUUUAAUGGCAUUUCACUGUUCAUUCCCUUUGCCACCGUUAAAAGUUUUGCUUUAUUGUAAUUAUCAGUGCAAAGUGUAUUUACCAUGGUAGAACUCCGGUGUUAGAAUAGUUAUUUUCUUACAAUAUGAUUUCUUUGGUUAGAUUUGUGUAUGUGUUGCCGAUUACAUUAGAAAUUGGUGUUAAGUCAUUAUUUAUCACAUUCUUUCAUGAGAGCAGUAAUAAAAGUGUGUAAUCUAGGAGAAAAAGUUAAUUUGUCAAAGUUAGGUAAGCAUGAUGUUUAGGUCCUAUUUUUCAAUUUUAUAACUGUUUUACUGCAACAAUAUUUGUAUUUAAGUCUUCAUUUUAAUGCCUUGUGGUGUUUUUUUUUAUGCAUGUCACUGAAUUGUCAUCCCGCAAGAAUUGAUGUGCAGCAUAGGGUGUUAAAUCUACAUAAUGAUUUUGAAACAGAAAAAUAGUUGAUGGUUAAAAAAAAUGUAAAUGUUUUGCAAAAAUUCCUUAUAAAAAGUUUUGUAGUAAUAUUUCACUUGUAAAUUUUUCUAAGAAAAAAACAUGGAAAAGGAAAAAAAUGAAAAGAGUAACAUUUCCCCUCAUCUAGAAUUUAGAACUUAAUUCUGCCAGCAAAGCCUGUAAGGCAUUAAUUUGACACUUUUACAAUGCUGAUUUGUAUGAUUUUUUUGGUGGGUUUGGAACUAAAAUCAUGUACAAGUUGUUGCCUGCAAUAACAUUUUGCAAGUAACCUAUUAAAAUUCCCUUGAGUUUAAAAGGUUUCUUCAUUUAAUUACUUAUAUAGCAGCAGUGAAUUAUGUCCCAAUGAUAAUCUGUUCAUCGAGAACACCAGAAAGCAAAUGCUUCUCAAUGGGGAAAGGUUGGCAGCAGCUUCUGGAUUUGUGUAAUUAAGACCUAUGCUUGAUGGUCAGCAUUUCCCAACUGGCAGGCUCUUAGCAGGGAAAUAAAACAGCAGGCUCCAGUUGGUGUGGAUUCAGUUCUGUUUGUUCAACUCUUGGGAAUUGAAGUUAUUCCUGCCCAUGCUGAAGGAGUGACAGAAGGAAAAAGCUUCUCUAAGGUAAGGAGCAGGAACAGUCGUCUGGUGCGUGCGCACACAAAAAUGAAUUGAUAGAGAAGUAGAUGAUCAAUGUGUCAUGAUUGCAUUGCUGAAAGGAAAUGAACAAUGAGGCAAUGGAAAGCUGAAGGAACUGACUUCAGCUUGUAGAACCUAUAUUGAGCUUUAUUCUUAGUGAAUUGUAAAUGGGUUUCUGCACUGUCUUGGACUAAAAAAACUUCAAUGGUUACUAAACUGCUAAUUACUGAAGUAGAAUAGCUGCUAGGUUUGGGUUUUUAAGUGAAAUAACUUCUUUUGAAGGUAAGCCUUCAAAAAGUGCAGUAGUCUUGCAGAGAACGUGUAGUAAUAUUUUUAGAGAGAAAAGAAUAAGUAACUAGAAGACCACUUGCUUAGAGAAAAUGGUAUUUAAAACUUGUGAUUUUUGGUGCUGCAGGAUAGAAUCCUCUUCUAAUUCCUGCGGUCACAUUACUGUAUGUUUAAAAUACUGCUUUUAAGUCACAUUAACCUUCUAAUGUCAAACUUAACUAACUGAAGUCAAAA